AUGAGACCCGAUCCACCACGUGUCAAAGAUUCAGCCAUGGUACUGCACAGUAUUAGUAAUAUUUUGAGACUAGAAGGAAAACUUGACGAAUCUUAUGAAUGCCAUGAGAAAGCAUUAGAAAUUCGAAGCAAGUUCUAUUCUUCAGAUCAUACACCGAUUACUGACAGUUUAAAUAAUCUUAAUAGCUUCUUGGUCAAUCAGGAUAAAUAUGGAAAUAUUUCGUCUAAUGAGGAGCGCAUAAGGUCAAUCUAUAAAGAUUCUUAUCCGCCUAUGCAUUAUGAAGUUGCUGAAGGAUAUCUUUGUGGAACACCGAAGUAUGAUACGGUAUCAUAUUGCUAUCAAGAAUCAUUGAGAAUAUUAGAAGAAUUUUAUCCACCAUAUAUUCCGAGUAUAACGUCUACACUUAACAAAAUGGGAAUUCUGCUGAAAAGGCAGAGAAAAUAUGAAGAAGCUAGUAACUUAUUCAAUCGAGCUUUAAGAUUAUUUGAAGAUUAUUAUUCAUCGAAUAGUGUUCAAUUAAGUUCGGUUCUUACAAAUAUUGGACACGAUUUGCUCAAUCAAGCCGAACUUGAUGAAGCUCUUUCUGUCUACCAACGAGUUAUAACUAUGAAACAAAAAGUCUACUCAUCUGACCAUAUUUUUCUUUCAACUAAUUAG